GACUCAACCUGCAUAAGUAAAUUCCUCUUCGCAUCCUACUUCUGCACUACUCCAGAAUUGCAAUAAUCCUAUCAAAUUAUGAAUCCCUUUCCAGAAGAGAUAUCCAGCAAAAUACUUUCAAAAUUACCCGUCAAAUCUGUUCUCAGAGCCAAGCGUUGGAGCAGGGUCACACGCGAUUUCAUACGCGAUUUAACAUGCAAUCCUACCUUUGUUGAUGAGCACAUGAAGUUUUCCACUCAAAGGAAUCCCAAUCUCAUCCUCACUGAUACCAUAUGCGGAGGUGAAGGUAAUAUUCGCAACUCAUUGUACUUUGUACAAGACGAAGAAGCCCCAGAUCAGUACUCUUGUCAUAAAGUCAACUUAGAAAUAGCAGAAUUCCAAGAAUUUCGAGUAAUGGGUUCGUGCAACGGUCUGAUCUGUUUGGUGCAUCCCACGAAGAGGUACGAGAUUUGUAUCUGUAAUCCUUGUACUGGAGAGCAUAUCAAGAUUCCCCCACCAGUUAGCAUGGAAGACAUACCUGGUGAUAUUGUCGUAGGAUUUGGUGUUAUCCCAAUGACCAACAAAUACAAAGUACUUGCAAUUAUAGAUUUCCCAGAACCUAGCGAUUUUAUUCCGCUGCGACAAAAGGUUUUCGUGUAUACUCUUGGGGAUACCACUUGGAGAUUUAAAGACAAUACCUCUGUUCUGAGAUUAGGACAAUCGGCUUGCAAAGCAUUUGUGAAUGGAGCUCUUCAUUGGGUAAGCAAUGCUAGGCAAAUUGUUUCAUUUGAUAUGGCCACCGAAGAACUCGAUAUCAUUCUGCGUCCUCAACUGGAAUUAGGAAGCGGGAGUUUUUCUUUGAGAGCGUUCAAAGGGAAGCUUUUGAUUUUGAAUACAUCCUUUGCCGAUCGUAUAGAGAUGUGGGUCAUGAACGAUUAUCGCGUCGUAGAGUCUUGGACUCAUAUUUUCACCAUAAAUGAACAGCAAAUCGGGCGAAACAUCAGGAAUGUUGAAAUCGUGUGUUUUCUUGAAGAUUGGAAAGUUUUGAUGGUGUACGAUCAUCGGGCCCUACUUCGCUACAACCUCCGGACGGCAUCUGUGAGUGAGCUCAGCGGCAUUGAUGGUCUUCCAAACCGGUUUGAUGCAGUUGCUCACGUGGGGACUCUUGUUUCUCCUCUGCUCAGAAGAGAUAGAGAAAUGUAACUUCAUGGAAGUAACAACUGAUGUUGAGUCGUGAAUAAAUGUAUUUUGCAAAAUAUUUUCUCCAGGAUUUCGAAUACAGCAAUGGAUAAAUUAGAUACUAUAUAUAGCAAAGAGUAAAUAGAAAUUCGGAUUUACUCAUUCCUUUAA